AUGUCGAAUUCUGAGAUGGUUUUGAGACGGGUCGGGGAACAGAGCAUAGACGAAAUGAAGACAUUUGCAAUGGACAAAUCAGGAGCAACAGAACGUGUCCUAGGUCUAGUGUGGCUACCGUGGUCGGAUGAAUUUACGUUCAACAUGGAAUUACGAGAAGAUUUGAGGCCCCUGGUAUUUGACGGAGUGAUCCCUACAAAACGCCAAGUAUUACAGGUCGUUAUGAGCUUUUACGACCCCCUAGGGAUGAUAUCGACGUUCCUCAUUCACGGGAAAACCCUCAUACAGAGUAUCUGGCGGGCUGGCAUUGGUUGGGAUGAGCACAUUCCCGAGUCUCUAGUCGCAGCUUGGAAACAAUGGAUCGGAUUGAUUGAUGGAUUGCGGGAUGUGAGAAUACCACGCUGUUACUUUCCGGGAUAUUCACCUGAUAGCAUUGGUUCACUAGAGUUACAUGUAUUUGUCGAUGGUAGUGAGAGUGCAUACUGUUGCGUUGCGUACUUCCGCAUAAUUGACCGUGGUAUAGCGCGAUGUGCCUUAGUAGCCUCCAAAACCAAGGUUGCGCCGCUGAAAUUCCUAUCCGUCCCUCGAAUGGAGCUGCAAGCUGCCCUCAUAGGAGUACGUCUGGCCAGGAUGAUAGAAGAAUACCAUUCUUUACUCGUCACCCGUCGAUACUUUUGGACCGACUCAUGCACCGUACUAGCUUGGCUGAAAUCGGAUUCUCGUCGGUACCGACAGUUCGUUGCGUAUAGAGUUGGCGAGAUACUCACAAAAUCUGACGUGAAGGAAUGGAAUUAUGUGCAGUCGUGUGCUGAUGACGGAACGAAGUGGAAAAAUGGAGUGUCGUUUGGCCCAGACAGUCGUUGGUAUGCCGGACCUAAAUUUCUGCGUGAAGCUGAACAACGCUGGCCCAAGAUGGAAAGGACGCUUGCAACAACAGAUGAGGAGUUAAGGCAAUCAGUUCUGCAUCACAUCGAAUUAGCUUCUUCUUGGAUACUAGUCAACCGUUUUUCGCGCUGGGAAAGACUUCUACGAUCUACUUCGUACGUUCACCGGUUUUUGAAUCGUAGAAAGCGGUCUAUUGCAGGAGAUAAUAUGCUGACGAAACAGGAAUUGCAACAAGCAGAAAGAUCUUUGUGGCGGUUAGCACAAUCGGAAGCGUAUUCGGAGGAAUUGCGGAUUUUGGAGAAAAACAAGUUGCUAAAUCGCAAUCAUAAAAGGGUCGUCGAUUGCCGUAGUCCUUUAGCGAAGCUGUCACCAUUUGUGGAUGAACAUGGGGUGAUUCGAAUGGAGACGAGAUCGUUGAAUGCAGCCUACGCACCAUGCAGUAUUGUUAUCCUUCCCCGUUGUCAUCGAGUGACCUACCUUAUAGCAGAUUGGUACCACCGACACUACGGUCAUGCAAAUAAUGAAACCGUUGUGAACGAAAUACGGCAGAUUUUCCACGUGUCGCGGUUACGUGCACUUGUCAGACAGGUAGCAACGGAGUGUCAAUACUGCAGAGUGAAGAAAGCCAAACCUCAAAUACCAAGAAUGGGACCACUACCGGACGUAAGGACCACACCUUAUGUUCGACCAUUUACACAUACUGGCGUAGAUUAUUGUGGUCCAUUCCUCGUGAAAGUCGGCAGAAGCUUGGUGAAACGAUGGAUAGCGCUCUUUACUUGUAUGACGGUGCGAGCAAUUCAUCUCGAGGUUGUUUGCAGUUUAUCAACGGAAUUGUUCAAAAUGGCAGUACGGCGUUUCAUUGCUCGACGAGGAGCUCCUUCAACUAUUUUCAGUGACAAUGGAACUAAUUUUCGUGGAGCAAGUAACGAGCUGAAAGAUAACUUAAGUACCAUAAACCAAAACCUGGCAGCAUCGUUUACAAACGCCACAACAGAAUGGCGGUUCAACCCACCGUUCGCACCGCAUAUGGGAGGAUGCUGGGAAAGACUCGUGCGGUCAGUGAAAUCGGCUUUAGCGGCUUUGCAAAUGGAGAGGAACCCAGAUGAUGAAACGUUGUGGACUGUAGUUACUGAGGCCGAAGCAAUUGUUAAUUCCCGCCCUCUUACGUACGUUCCGUUAGAUACGGAAGACCAAGAAGCCCUUACACCAAAUCACUUCUUGAUGCUGAGUUCGAGUGGAGUUUGUCAGCCACCGAAAGAGUUGGUGAACGAUAGAAGACAGAUAAGAAGUAACUGGCGACUGAUUCAAAACCUACUGAGCCAAUUUUGGAUUAGGUGGGUGAAAGAAUAUUUGCCGACGAUAACAAGACGAACGAAAUGGUUCAAGGAGACCAAACCAGUUCAAAAUGGAGACCUGGUGAUGGUGGUCGAUGAAGGUUCUAGGAAUGGAUGGAUACGCGGUCGAGUGGUAAGGACGUUAGCAGGCAAGGAUGACAGAGUACGGCAAGCUGAUGUUGAAACGAAUGCUGGAGUGAUCCGUAGACCGGUUUCAAAGAUAGCGAUCCUGGAAGUAGUAGAAGGUAAAGCCUGAGAGGCAUUACGGGUCGGGGAAUGUUCGCUCCGUGUUCUAAUACUUCGAUUUAUUUGGCAACACGGCGUUACGAGAUACAGCGAUGACUGCUGCGAGGACUGCUGUCAACGUCAACGUUGGAGAUGACAACGAAGAGAAAUGUGAUGAUUCAUGGUGAAAGUGAUUGAAUGCUAGCUGAAAAUUAUUGGAAAUAUUGAACUUCAGAUUAUUAUUGGACUAUUGUGUAGAUUAAAUGAUUAGAUUAUUAGAUUUCUGAGAAAGAAGAGGGUAAAUGGAUUGAAUACACAAACUGUUGAGUACUUACCUAUAUGUAUGUUUUUGUAGUGUACAUCGCGGAGGUGUGAUAGGAGGUUCUUGUUGAGCGAUAUACGAUUACGCGAUUGCUCAUAAUUAGUAAGUCCCCAAUGAGAUUGAAUUGUGUCAAAAUGGGAUUCUAAUGCUUAAUUUAGUAGGAAUAAGGAAGAUUUGUUGGUUGGCUAUUCGGUACAUUCGGAUUGGCGAAAUAGGAAUCAGUAUUUUGUAAGUAUGCGAUUGUAUUGGGUAAUUAUGUAUGCUAAUUAAAGAUGAUUUGCAGUUUGAGCUGUCUACACCUAGAUUGCUACAGGAACUGAUUUACACUAAUCCGAACAAGAAGUAUAUCGGAAAACCUUUGCAAGCAAUAUCGGGACUUACUCAAAUAGAUAUCUCGUGUGAAAGAAUCCUGCGGAAAGCCAGGAAAAAACUUUGGAAGAAAUUCCAGGAAUUAUGCUCAGAAAUCUUGAAAGAAUUUUUGAAGAUUAGGGGAACUUACGUAUUUUCGGCAGUUUUGUUCUCUUCAUUCAUGGGGGUUUUGAAACCUGUUGAACUCAGAGUUGGCAUCAAAUCCUUCCCAACCAAGCUGAAUAUGAUCAAGUUUCAGGCAAUUUGGCCGGCAUAAAUCCCUCAUGACGAAGAGAACAAACCUGCCGAUGAUACCCUAAGUCACCCUUUAUAAUUAUUAGAAAAUUUGGGUUAUUUUUUUUUAAUUAUAAACUUUCAAAAUUUCAUCUGGAAAAACCUGGAAAACUCAGGGAAUUUUAUUUUGAGUUAUGAGUAGACACCCUGUAGAUCUUUUGGCUCGAGUGGCCAAAAUAAUAAACAUUAUCUGGCUUUUUAGCGACAAUUUUAAAAUACACAGAAAUAAAAAAUUAAAAAAAUAUUUUUUGCUCCAAUACAAAAAAUCUAAUAAUUUCUGAAAUAAUUUUGUUACAGAUCAUGUUACUUU